AUGCAUCGCCAUCAAAAGCCUCAUACUAGAGGCGCCGCGUCGAAUCAUAAUAAUAAUAAUGAAACUACUUCACCGCCAUCCAUGAAACGACAUCCUUUUCACCGCCACGCUCCUUUCUCUACUUCUUCUACUCCCACAAACAAAACCACUCCUCCUCCUCCUCCUACAUCUACAGCUAGGAAAGGAUCGACCAUCAAAUCCCCACGGGCCCCCGUUUAUCACCACCGCAAAAGCGCUUCAGCACAUCAAUUCCACCACCGAAACACAUCACACCAAUCACUGGCUAAAUUAUUAGGAGCAGGCUCUGGUCCUGCCAGUCACUCCGUUAACCCGGAAGACGAACAAUUGGAGAUGGCGACUAGUUUUUUGCAAUACUGCGCCAUGUGUGAGAAGCAGAUAACGGUGCCUAGCAACUCGGUUCUGUAUUGCAGUGAAAGCUGCCGUCGCAAAGACUCUUGCAAGCCUCUCUCGGCUUCCUCAUACACAUAUACAAUUACUCCUCCUCCCUCACCUAUCAACACUUACACCAAUAUGGAAUCAUCAUCCUCAUCAACCACAUUCCCCUCCAAACCCAUCGCAGUCAUCCACCACAACCUCCCUCUCGGCAGGAUACCCUCCGACCUGCACGACUCCAAAUCGGAUCUUGAUCCCACCGAAUGGAAGCCCAUCAUAUCCGGGCGUCACGGACGAAACGGAUCAUUGACCUCGCUCGCGUCGAGCGAUGCAUGGAUCUAUCUCUCGCAGUUCCAUUAUCAUCGCGAGGAUUCCCGAAUUUCAUCGUCGACGCCAUCGUCUCAUGUGAUGCCAUUCCGUCGUCAGCCCACGACUCGGGACAGUACCACCAGUCUGUCGGCGAUGGGUACAUCCUCCCUCGUCAAUACUCCCAGCUUGACACCCGCCUCGUCCUCCGUGGCUAGUAGCCCCCCUUCAUCUUCCGGGGACUACAUCAGCGCUACUACGACUACUACUAAAUCCUACAGCUACGGAGGGGCAUACGCCUACGCCGCUGAUUCGGUUGCUGCCGCUGCUAUCAUAGAUCCGGGUCGUCCGUUGCCGCCACGACACAACCCUUCCUUUUCGAGUGCAGGCGCUACCAAGGGGGUGGAAUUAGUUGUGCCGCAUAUUAUUACUUCGGCCGAGGAGGAUGGUCAUGCUCAUACUCAUGAGGGACUUUGGAUGAAGGCUUGA